AUAUGAAAGGAGGGGAAUAGACAGCCAUUACCGAAUCACAGUCUCCAUACUGCUCCUCUGUCUACCGGGUCGGUGCAAAACGGACCGAGAGUCAGUGUUUCCGUGGCCGGCUGAGAGGCGUGUUUGUCGGGAUUGAGAGCCAGCGCAUCUCCGCCUCUGUCACCCUGCGUGCGGAAACGGGCACACUGCCGUUAUACGCCCUCUGGCAAGAUGUCUUCCUCAGACGAGGAGAGCCUGAGUGAACGUUCGUGUGUGAGUGAGCGUUCGUUCCGCAGCGAGAGGUCUGGGGGCUCUCUCUCGCCCUGCGCCCACAGCACAGCCGGGCCCAAAGGGGACACUCUGCCAUGGAACCUAUCCAAACAUGAGAGACGCAAGCGCAAGAGCCAGGACUCAGUGCUGGACCCCGCAGAGAGGGCAGUUGUGCGAGUCGCAGAUGAACGAGACAGGGUGCAGAAGAAAACUUUCACAAAAUGGGUCAACAAACAUCUCAUAAAGGUGCGGAAGCACAUCACAGACCUUUAUGAGGAUCUAAGGGAUGGACAUAACCUCAUUUCCCUGCUUGAGGUGCUGUCUGGCGUCACAUUGCCCAGGGAAAAGGGUCGCAUGCGAUUUCACCGACUCCAGAAUGUGCAGAUCGCCUUGGACUUCCUUAAGCAGAGACAGGUCAAAUUAGUGAAUAUACGCAAUGAUGACAUCACAGAUGGGAACCCAAAGCUGACACUGGGACUGAUCUGGACCAUCAUCCUUCACUUCCAGAUUUCUGAGAUCUAUGUGAGCGGUGAGUCAGGGGACCUCACGGCGAAAGAGAAGCUGCUAAUAUGGAGUCAACAGGCAACAGAGGGCUACCCCGGUCUGCGUUGUGCCAAUUUCUCCUCCAGCUGGAGCGAUGGACGCUUGUUCAACGCUCUUCUGCACAGAUACAGGCCGGACCUGAUUGACAUGGAAGUGGUUGCGCAACAGAGUAACCGUGAGAACCUGGAACAGGCCUUUGAGAUUGCGGAGUCAUUAGGUGUAACGCAACUUCUAGAUGCUGAAGAUGUUGAUGUGCUGUCGCCAGAUGAGAAAUCUGUCAUCACAUACGUCUCCUCCAUCUACGAUGCUUUCCCCAAGAUCCCAGAGGGUGGAGAAGGCAUUGCAGCUCAUGAGGUUGACCAGCGAUGGACAGAGUACCAGUCUGGCUUUUCUUCUCUGCUGCAGUGGACCAGGCAACACACGGCCCUCAUGGCCAACAGGAGCUUCCCCCACAAUCCUGUGGAACUCAAGGCACUUUACAAUGAAUAUGUCCACUUCAAAGAAACCGAGAUCCCUGCGAAGGAGAGAGAGAAGAGCCACAUCGAGCACCUUUACAAGCUUCUGGGGGCGUGGAUAGAGUUCGGGCGCAUUAAGCUGCCUCAAGGGCUACACCCUAAUGAUCUGGAGGAGGAUUGGGGAAAACUGAUCCUGGAGAUGUUGGAGAGAGAGAAAGCACUGAGGCCUGCUGUGGAGAGGUUGGAGCUACUCCUACAGAAGGCCAAUAAGAUCCAGAACAUGGCACUAGAUUGUGAGGAGAAACUCACGCUGGCGAAGAACACUUUGCAGACUGACAUGUCUCAGCUAGAGAAUGGGCAGCCGGUACGGUUUGAGAAUGAAUUGGGGAUGUAUCUGCAGGACUGUGAGGCUUUAGUCAGACAGCUUCAUCUUGACCUGCAGGUCCUCAGAGAUGAGAAGUACUAUCAAGUGGAGCAGCUGGCUUUCAGGGUGUCCGGUCUGCAGGAGGAGCUGGUUUCUUUGCGCCUGCAGUGUGCCAGUGUGUACAGGAAGGGUCAUUUCUCCACAGGGGGUCUGCUGGGAGAGCAUGUGGGUCAGAAGGGUUCCUCGGGCGGUCUGGGUACACUGGGAGCACAGACACUUCUGGGUGCAGUGGGUGCUGCGGCGUCCCUGCUCAGACGGCCGAUGUCUCGUGCAGACCUGGUAGCCAUGUCUUCAUCUGAGGACGAAGGCAGUCUGCGCUUCAUCUACGAGCUGCUGGGGUGGGUGGAAGAGACGCAGGACCUGCUGGAGCGAGCCGAGUGGGGUUCUGAUCUACCCUCUGUAGAUCAGCACCUGCAAGACCACCACAUCAUUCACACAGCAGUGGAAGAUCUUCUGAAUAGCCUCAAAGGGGCUCGAAACUAUGAGUCAAGGGUCUCGCCUAAUUUACAUAGCAGUUACUCUGAGACUCUAUCCAAGCUGGAGAACCAGUAUUGCAAACUGCUGGAACAUUCAUCAUGGCGACUGCGCUGCCUAGAGAGCCUUCGAGCUUUUGUGUCCCACUGCACUGAGGAGCUGAUCUGGCUCAAUGAGAGGGAGGAGGAGGAGCUGGCCUUCGACUGGAGCGACAGCAGCACCAACAUGGCUGCCAAAAGAGCGCAAUAUGCUGACAUGAGGUCAGAGCUGGAGGAAAAACAGGAAGUGAUGCGCUCUCUCCAGGAGACAGCUGAUCGCCUGUGUCAUGAGAACCACCCAGCCAAACAAACAGUGGAGGCUUACAGUGCUGCCCUGCAGACGCAGUGGCAGUGGAUCAAAGAGCUCUGCAUAUGUGUGGAGCAGCAUCUCAAGGACAACACUGCCUACUUCCAGUUUACGAGUGAUGCACGGGACUGUGAAAGCUAUCUACGUCAACUACAAGACACCAUUAAGAGACAGUACACCUGUGAUAAGAACAGUAGACUCGGUAGACUGGAAGACCUGCUGCAGGACUCCAUGGAGGAGAAAGAACAAUUGAUUGAAUACCGCAGCACAGUGGCCAGCCUUGUAGGCCGAGCCAAGUCUGUAGUCCAGCUCCGUCCACGCAGUGCAGAUAGUAACCUAGGCACCACCACGCCAAUUCGUGUCAUCUGUGACUACCGACAAAUAGAGAUCACGAUCAGCAAAGGAGAGGAGUGUGUACUGGAGGAUAACUCUCAGAGGACUAAGUGGAAGGUCAUCAGUCCUACAGGAAAUGAGGCCAUGGUGCCAUCUGUGUGUUUCACCAUUCCUCCUCCUAAUCAGGAGGCCAUCGACACUGCCAGCAGAUGCAUAUCAUCAAAAUUCCACGUAGCUCUGAAAAUGAAUAACUUCCAGUCUGUUAAAUGGCAUUCAGAGCUGGAGGAGCAGAAUCACAUAUUCAAGAGUCUGAGUUUAGAGGUCCAGCAGGCUAGAGAGGUCGGAAACCAGCUCAACCAACUGCACCCUGACCGCAGCCCUGAACUGGACCGCUACCAGGAGAAAGCACAACAGCUCAUAGAGAGGUGGAGCGGAUUGAAUUAUAACACAAAUCAUAAUGUCCUACAGGCAAGCAGAUCUGGAGAUGCUGGGUUCGGUGCUGCAGCAGUACAGAGAAGGCCACACCUCUCUCAUCCGCUGGAUAGAGGAGACCACCGAAAAACAGGAGAACACACAACCCGAGCAGACGGACAGCAGAGCUUUGUCAGAGCAGCUCUGUCCUACAGGCAAGCAGAUCUGGAGAUGCUGGGUUCGGUGCUGCAGCAGUACAGAGAAGGCCACACCUCUCUCAUUCGCUGGAUAGAGGAGACCACCGAAAAACAGGAGAACACACAACCCGAGCAGACGGACAGCAGAGCUUUGUCAGAGCAGCUUGCACAGCAAACGGCCUUGGUGGCUGAGAUAGAACAGAACCAGGUCAAACUGGAUGAAUGCCAGACGUACUCUAAACAGUGCUGCGCUGCUGUUAAGGACUAUGAACUCCAGCUUAUGACGUUCAGAGCUUUUGUUGAAUCAACCCAAAAGUCUCCUGUGAAAAGGAGGAGGAUGCACUCUUCAUCAGAUGUCAUCACACAGGAGUUUAUGGAUUUACGCACGCGAUACACAGCUCUGGUUACACUGACAACACAACAUGUCAAGUAUAUUAGUGAUGCACUACGGCGACUAGAGGAGGAAGAGAAAGAGGUGGAAGAGGAGAGGCAGGCACGAGUGGGCCAGGUCUCAGAGCUGCUCGGCUGGGCCAAGGGCCUACAGGAGCGUGCUGGCAGAUCUGCCGAGCCAUCACUUGCUGCACAGCAGGCUAUUAGUGAGCAGUUAGCAGCUAAAAAAGAGGAAGUUGCUGAAGCUAUCAGGAGCACCCAAGUCUUCCUGAUGUCAAAACAGGCCAGCAAGCUGUCUCCUGAAGAGCGCGCACAGGUGGUCUCCCAGCUGGAUGAGCUGACGGCCACCUACACUCAACUGUGUGACAGUUCUGCCACACACUUGCAACAACUGGAGGAGCAGCUGGCCAAAGAGGAGAAGCGCAAGGGCCAAGAAAUCAUCGCUGGAGUAAUUGACCUUGGCACCAUGGAAACCUUUCCAGUUUUCCAGGCAGCACAGCAUGGCCUCAUAGACCAAGAUACCUGUCAUGUACUGUUGGAGGCACAGGUCGUCAUGGGUGGUCUAUUCCAGCCUGACUCCCCUGAUAAACUGUCAUUAGAUAAGAGUCUUUCCAGUGGUUUGAUUGAUAAACAUACCUACCAAUCACUGGAAGAGUUAGAGACUGCCCUUGGUCUUGUCAACACAGUAAAAUUUGCAGAGGGUCAGGAAUUACCUGUAGCCACUGCUGUGAAAGAAGGCAUCAUAAAGGAGCUGGUGGGGCUCCGUAUACUUGAGCUGCAGAUAAGCACUGGCAGCCUGAAGUCUGGUUCCAGUGGAGAAAUGGUCAGCCUGGAUCAUGCAAGGGAGAAGGGAUUGUUAUCCCCUGAUCUUUGUCAAAAGCUGCAAUCCUGUCUUCACCGGCGAGAACUUAUUGAUCCAAAUACAGCAGAAAAACUAAGUCUGGUUGACUUUCAACAGCGAUGUGUUCUCAAACAGGAGAAGGGUCUGCGCUUAUUUCCAGUUAAACAGAAGCCAGGAGGAACGGUCUGCUUAUGCUCUGGCAGAAAGGUGGGAAUAUUCUGUGCUGUUCAAGAGGGGCUUAUCGACCGGCAUGUCACAGUUCGACUUCUGGAGGCUCAGUUGUUUGCUGGGGGUAUCACAGACCCCCGCUCAGGACACAGAUUGACUGUUAAUGAGGCUGUCCGGCAUGGCCUGAUGGAUCAGGACUUGGCCUGCACCCUCAUGACACGACAGCUACAAACAGGAGGAAUAAUAGAUCCAGUCAGUGGGGAGCGUCUAGAGUUGGAUGAGGCCAUAAAACGAGACCUUCUCUCUCCUCGCAUAGCCUUGCGUGUACUGGAAUCUCUCCAGUCCUUUAUGGCAAUAAUGUGGCCAGAAUCAGGCGAGCUCCUUCCUGUAAGUGAGGCACUUCAGCAGGGUGUUGUCAAUAGAGAGUUUGCUCCAAAAGCCUUGAGAAAACGUCAUUCUGUUGGUGCAGUAUAUCUGCCUGAGAGUGGACAGGUGGUCCCUCUCCAUCAAGCUGAGAAGAUACUUAAGCCACAGGCAGUGGAGAUCCUAAAACACAUCCAGGUUCCAGAUGUCAUUCCCCAUGUGUCUCCGUCAAGUUCCUCAUAUAUGAAGCAAUUGAGUUCUGGAUCUGCCUAUUCUUCAUCACCCCCUGCCUCACAUGCAGAUAUCAAUUAUGACUUUUCCAUCACGGAGGAAGGCAGGUCAGAAGAGCAGAUUCAAAACCACCUUCUCAGUCAAGUGAUGACACACAGCUACAUUAAUGCUCAUUCAGGAGAACGCCUAGUCUUACUAGAACCAGAAUUGGUAGAACUAAUAUGUAGAAAUGUCAAAACCGCAAACCUUGCCAGACCAGUCCAACUCAAAAUUUCUGACAACGUUAGAGUUAUGCUGGACAACAAAGAUAUGAGUGGGAUUGAAGAGGAAAAAAAUGAAGAACUCAAAAUUUCACAACAUGAAAUUGCCUGCAGGGACUCUUAUAUGGAAGAGACUGUAGAAAUGGCAGGGGAAGGUCUUGCACCCUUGAUGGUCACCAACAGAACCUUUAAAGAGCCUUUGCAUAAAAUAGUUUUGCAAGAGAAAGUUCUAUCAUCAGAAGAGUAUGAACAACCCAAGAUAAAAGGUAAAAUUACCUGCAAGAUAACUGAUAUAGGAGAGGCAGUAGAAAGAACAGAAUAUCUAGCACCAUUGACGGAAACAAAGAUCACAGAGCUUUCAAAUGAAGAGAUUCAACAAGAGCUGUCUCCUGAAGAGCGCGCACAGGUGGUCUCCCAGCUGGAUGAGCUGACGGCCACCUACACUCAACUGUGUGACAGUUCUGCCACACACUUGCAACAACUGGAGGAGCAGCUGGCCAAAGAGGAGAAGCGCAAGGGCCAAGAAAUCAUCGCUGGAGUAAUUGACCUUGGCACCAUGGAAACCUUUCCAGUUUUCCAGGCAGCACAGCGUGGCCUCAUAGACCAAGACACCUGUCAUGUACUGUUGGAGGCACAGGUCGUCAUGGGUGGUCUAUUCCAGCCUGACUCCCCUGAUAAACUGUCAUUAGAUAAGAGUCUUUCCAGUGGUUUUAUUGAUAAACAUACCUACCAAUCACUGGAAGAGUUAGAGACUGCCCUUGGUCUUGUCAACACAGUAAAAUUUGCAGAGGGUCAGGAAUUACCUGUAGCCACUGCUGUGAAAGAAGGCAUCAUAAAGGAGCUGGUGGGGCUCCGUAUACUUGAGCUGCAGAUAAGCACUGGCAGCCUGAAGUCUGGUUCCAGUGGAGAAAUGGUCAGCCUGGAUCAUGCAAGGGAGAAGGGAUUGUUAUCCCCUGAUCUUUGUCAAAAGCUGCAAUCCUGUCUUCACCGGCGAGAACUUAUUGAUCCAAAUACAGCAGAAAAACUAAGUCUGGUUGACUUUCAACAGCGAUGUGUUCUCAAACAGGAGAAGGGUCUGCGCUUAUUUCCAGUUAAACAGAAGCCAGGAGGAACGGUCUGCUUAUGCUCUGGCAGAAAGGUGGGAAUAUUCUGUGCUGUUCAAGAGGGGCUUAUCGACCGGCAUGUCACAGUUCGACUUCUGGAGGCUCAGUUGUUUGCUGGGGGUAUCACAGACCCCCGCUCAGGACACAGAUUGACUGUUAAUGAGGCUGUCCGGCAUGGCCUGAUGGAUCAGGACUUGGCCUGCACCCUCAUGACACGACAGCUACAAACAGGAGGAAUAAUAGAUCCAGUCAGUGGGGAGCGUCUAGAGUUGGAUGAGGCCAUAAAACGAGAUCUUCUCUCUCCUCGCAUAGCCUUGCGUGUACUGGAAUCUCUCCAGUCCUUUAUGGCAAUAAUGUGGCCAGAAUCAGGCGAGCUGCUUCCUGUAAGUGAGGCACUUCAGCAGGGUGUUGUCAAUAGAGAGUUUGCUGCAAAAGCCUUGAGAAAACGUCAUUCUGUUGGUGCAGUAUAUCUGCCUGAGAGUGGACAGGUGGUCCCUCUCCAUCAAGCUGAGAAGAUACUUAAGCCACAGGCAGUGGAGAUCCUAAAACACAUCCAGGUUCCAGAUGUCCUUCCCCAUGUGCCUCCGUCAAGUUCCUCAUAUAUGAAGCAAUUGAGUUCUGGAUCUGCCUAUUCUUCAUCACCCCCUGCCUCACAUGCAGAUAUCAAUUAUGACUUUUCCAUCACGGAGGAAGGCAGGUCAGAAGAGCAGAUUCAAAACCACCUUUUCAGUCAAGUGAUGGCACACAGCUACAUUAAUGCUCAUUCAGGAGAACGCCUAGUCUUACUAGAACCAGAAUUGGUAGAACUAAUAUGUAGAAAUGUCAAAACCGCAAACCUUGCCAGACCAGUCCAACUCAAAAUUUCUGACAGCGUUAGAGUUAUGCUGGACAACAAAGAUAUGAGUGGGAUUGAAGAGGAAAAAAAUGACGAACUCAAAAUUUCACAACAUGAAAUUGCCUGCAGGGACUCUUAUAUGGAAGAGACUGUAGAAAUGGCAGGGGAAGGUCUUGCACCCUUGAUGGUCACCAACAGAACCUUUAAAGAGCCUUUGCAUAAAAUAGUUUUGCAAGAGAAAGUUCUAUCAUCAGAAGAGUAUGAACAACCCAAGAUAAAAGGUAAAAUUGCCUGCAAGAUAACUGAUAUAGGAGAGGCAGUAGAAAGAACAGAAGAUCUAGCACCAUUGAUGGAAACAAAGAUCACAGAGCUUUCAAAUGAAGAGAUUCAACAAGAAAAGGUUUUGUCAUCAAGAGACUAUGUAGAACCCAAGAUUAAAAGAGAUGACACAGACAGCAGAAAUACUGACAUGGGUAGGACUAUAGAAGGAGCGGGGGAAGAACUUGCAUGCUUGACAGGCACUGACCGAACUUCUAUAGAGCCUUCACAUGCAGAGGUUUGGCAAGAGAAAGUUCUAUCAUCAAGAGAAUGUGAAGAACCCAAGAUUAAAAAAGAUGAAAUUGAGAGCAAUAACACUAAUGUGGGUGAAAGUAUCGAACUGGCAGAAAAAGAUGUUCCACACUUGGCAAGUAAAGAGAGACCCUUUAUAGUGCCUUCACAUAAAGAGAACUUGCAGGAGAAAGUUCUCUCACCAGGAAGACAUGAAAAACCCAAGUUUUUAAAAGGUAAAAUUGCCUGGACCAACACUGAUAUAGGUGAGACAGUUGAAAGAGCAGAGGAAAAUCUUGCACCCUUGACAGGCACAGCUAGAGAUGUUAUAGUGCCUUUACAUAAAGAGAACUUACAAGACAAAGUUUUAUCAUCAGGACAAUAUAAAGAACCCAAGAUUAAAAAAGUUGAAACCUCCAGCAAGGAGACUAACGUAUGUGAGACAAAAGAAAGACCAGGGGAAGAUGUUGCAGCUUUAACAGGCUCAGAAAUAACCUUUAUAGAGCCUACACGUGAAGUUGUUUGGCAAGAGAAAGUUCUGUCAUCAGGAGAAUAUGAAGAACCCAUUAUUAUAAAAGGUAAAAUUGCCUACAAGAUCACUGGUAUGGGUGAGAUGAUAGCAAGAGCAGAGGAAGAUCUUGCACCCUUGACGGAUGCAGGCAGAGCUUUUAUGGAGCCAUUAAAUAAAGACAAUUUACAAGAGAAAGUUCUUUCAUCAGGACAACCCAAGAUUAAAAAAGAUGAAAUGGUGAGCAAGAAGCCUAACAUAGGUGAGACAAUAGAAAGACCAGAGGAAGAUGUUGCAGCUUUAACAGGCUCAGAAAUAACCUUUAUAGAGCCUACACAUGAAGUUGUUUGGCAAGAGAAAGUUCUGUCAUCAGGAGAAUAUGAAGAACCUAUGAUUAUGAAAGGUAAAAUUGCCUGGAAGAACACUGGUAUGGGUGAGAUGAUAGCAAGAGCAGAGGAAGAUCUUGCACCCUUAACAGGCACAGAAGGAACUUUUAUGGAGCCUUCACAUGCAGUUUGUCAAGAGAAAGUUCUGUCAUCAGGAGAAUGUGAUGAAUCUACCAUUAUAAAAGGUCAAAUUGCCUGGAAGAAUGCUGAUGUGAGAGAGAAAAUAGAUAGAGAGGAAGAAGAUCUUGCACCCUUGACAGGCAAAGAAGGAACUUUUAUGGAGCCUCCACGUGAGGUUUGGCAAAAUAAAAUUUUGUCAGGAGAAUGUGAUGAAUCUGAGAUUAAAAAAUAUGAAACUGACAAGAAGGAAACUGAAAUGGGUGAGACUAAAGUAAGAGCAGAGGAAGAUCUUCCACUCUUGACAGUCUCAGAAAGAACCUUUAUGGAACCUUCACAAGAAGAGUACCGGCAAAAGAAUGUUCUGUCAUCAGGACAAUAUGAAGAACCCAAGAUAAGUCAAAUUGCCAGCAAGAAGACUGAUAUGGGUGAAACUAUAGAAAGAACAGAGGAGUAUCUUGCACCAUCAACAAGGAAAGGCCUAAACUUAACAUUGCCUUUUCAAACAAGCUCAACCCUACCAAAGACUAUAUCAGAUUACGGAACACCCGCUCAAAAUCAAAUUAUAGAUUCAACACUAAAUGAAUCUAAAAAUAAGCAAACACUUGACCUGGAACAGGCAGAUAAUAGUGGGACAAAAAAGAUAACAGAACAAAAAAUGUUUGACAUGGGUGAAAGCAGUGCACGUACUUCACAUCUAGAUACUGUAAAUGUAGGACAAUAUGAUCAGCUAAAUAUCAAUCCAGAUGAAGCCAAGACAGCAAAGCAGUCAGAUGAACUGAAGAAAAUCGUUGAACACAAGGAAAAUAAAAGGAUAUUUGAACAACCUGGUAAAGAUAAGAAAUUAUACCCUUCAGAAAUUAAGACUUUGUCAGUGGAACUAAGUGAUGAUGAUGUGAAGCUUGAGAGUAUGGCUUUGGAACUGCAACAAAGGGGUCUUGUAACUGUAGGUGGCCAAAAAGUUAUUCUGGAUGAAGCUGUGGCACAUGGUUUGCUUCCAGGGCACACUGCUAUGAAGCUUAUGGAAAAAGCUGGUCUCUUUGGUGGUUUUCUGGAUAUUAAUGCCUGUAAGUCACUUAGUGUUGAGGAUGUGAUGCAAGAAGGCCUGUUGGAUGAGGACUUGAUGGCCUGUGUGCUUCAUUCAGAAAAGAUUUUAGCCGGUGUGAUUGAUGUGGAACAUGGUCGGCACUGCUCAAUAAAGGAUGCUGCUGAGGCAGGCCUGUUGGACUCCGAUACGGCUGCUCGUCUCCUUGAAGCCCAGGUUGUGUCAGGGGGAAUAGUUGACCUACGAAGAGACAAGAAGUUAUCAGUUACCCUUGCAGCCAACCUUGGGCUGAUUGAAGAUGGUAGAAAGGAAAAGCUUCUUGCACUGGAAAAGUCAUGCCGGGGAAAAUGUUCAGAUCAAAAUGCAGUGCAAACCAAGUUGGUGCUACAGUUACAAAUGAAAGGAGUGGUGGACCCAAAAACCAAAAAGGCUGUCCCACUGGAACAAGCCCUUCAAACUGGGUUAAUUGGACAGGAUGAGGCUCAAACGAUUUUAUGCCAGCAGGUUGCAGAAGGGGGCAUUGUGCAUCCUGGCUGUGGUGUUCGCCUUGCUGUUGUGGAUGCUCUACAACUGGGUCUCAUAGAUCACACAGUUGCUCCAAAGUUGAUGGAACUUGAAAAGGCAUUCAAAGGCCAAGAACCAAGUAGUUUGGAUCAAAACACUUCACUUCUUCAGGCCUCUACAGGUUCUAUUUAUGAUGAUGCAUCAAAAAGCAGGAUUACUCUGAGUGAGGCUGUUUCUAAAGGCCUCCUAGGUGAAGAAACAGCAAAUAAAGCUAUGGACUCAUCCAACGUGAAAAGUGGAUUGUUGGAUCCUCAUAAAGCUUGUAUUGUGUCCUACUCUGAGCUGAUAAACCAGGGUAAAAUUGACAUUGAGACACGACAGAGAUUCCUUGAAGUGAGACCUUUCAGGGGAGUUCCGCAUAAACAAACUGAUGAAAUGAUGACCUUACCACAGGCAAUUAAGGCAGGCCAAAUAGAUCCCAUACCAGCAGUGAGAAUAUUGCAGAGUCAAGCAGAUACAGGGGGUAUCAUUAACAUUUACAGUGGAGAGCAUUUGCCUCUUCCGGAGGCUAUAAAUAAAUGCUUAGUUGAUAAAGACAUGGCUAAAUGUAUUGCUACAAAUCAACUUUCGAAAGGGGGGUUGCUCAAUCCAGCCAGUGGACAGAAGGUCUCCCGCAUUACUGAGGCGAUUGAAUAUGGGCUUAUUUCUACUGAAAUGGCUGCAGAACUUCAACACAGCAUGGGCCUCGUAGAUGAAGAUGAGAAGAAAAGUUCUAAAAUAUCAGCCGCCUCAACGAAAGGAACUUCUAGUUAUUUUGUUCCUGAGAUGAUAUCUGAAUGUGUCAGUCCUAAUAAAAUGUCACUUGAGAAAGGUCUAUUGAGUAUACCAUCACCGCCAUCAUCAUAUCUUACAGAGACUGAAAUAAAAGAUGCAGAUCUUUGGAAAAAAGAGGAGCUUGAAUCUUUUGACAUCCGUCCUGAUUUAGAAAGUAGGGAACAAUUGGUUGAUACCGUGAUGCAGGACAGCAAUGAUACAUCAUUGGAGGUUCUGACAGAAUUUACCUUGAAAGCAGAAAAAAGACUUCAGGUCAUUAAAGAGAUGAAGCCCACAGAAAGCGAACAUAUCAAAUCACAGCCAAUCCAAAGCCCUGAGCAACCUGAAGAGAUGUCUGAUUUCAAAUGGCAAAAGGUGAAAGUUAAGAACUCAACAGCUUUACUUGACCACAUCACAGAGAUGGAAAUCCAGAGUCAGACAGUCAGUGUAUCUGCAGUUACUACUUCCAUUUUAUCAGAAAGCAGUGAUAACCGCAAAGAACAAGUCCCAUCUACCGAGCAAACAAUAGGAGGGACAGAGAUCCAAAGGCAGACAGUAAGUGAACCGGCAAUCUCUGAAGUCAGUUUCUCAGAUGCCGAUGAUGGCUUUCAAAACAAGGAACAACCCCCAUCUAUAGAGCAAAUAGAGGGGCAUAGUUUCAAGUUAGAAGCAGAUCAGUCAGUGUCCAAACCAGAGAAAAUCAAGGACAGCCAAGAGACUGGAUUGGAUCCUUAUGCUUCUACAACCACAAGGCCAGUUAAGGUAUCAGGAAAGAAGAAAGGCAGAGGAAAAAAUGGCAAGCAAGCUAAAAUGGAAAGUGAUGUAAAGCUACAAGUUUCAGAAAACUCAGCCGGAAUUUCACCCAAAGAAAAAGCAGAGGUUGAUGGACAAGAUGGCUUUACCACUAAUCAAAAGCGUAUUAUGAAAGAAAACAAAGAAAAGGUGGUUGAAGUACAGCAAUCAGAGACAACCCAUGGAACUGGUAGCACUGCACCUUUGACAGGGAGUGAUGAGACUGCACAAGGCAAAGAUUUGGAAAUAGGGGUGGAUAGACCUGCUAAUGAAACUAAGACCCCCAAAUGUGAGUCUGAUCAUGAAACCGAUGAAAAACAAAAAGAGAAGAAACAGAGCAGUGUCACGACUUGCAUGGCAAAAACAGACCAGAGUCAGGAAGCUGUUGUGGUCUCUAAGGACCUUGGCACUGAGGCAUCAGAAAAGAAGAGAAAGAAGAAAAGCAAAAGUAAAAAAGUUAAGCAAGUGUGUAUUGUUGAAACAGAAGGUGUAGAGAAAAGAGAUGAUGAGACUGAGAAAGAGCAAAAGACGGUGAUCCAUGAGGUCCAACCUCAAAGCAAUCAAUCAGAUGAGAAAGAAAGUAUGAAGCAACUUGAGAAAGCCAAUCAGGCAAUGGCACAGAAGGAAAUACUUUUGAUGAAAGCUAAGGAAAGCAUUCUUAGGAAGGUGUUUGAGCGAGGAGUGAGUGAAAAACAAGCUGCUGAAGAAUUAGAAGCGAUGCGUCAAGUAGCUAGUAAUGAAGAAUACCGCAUUACCACCCAAGAGGAAACUAUUGUAGAGAAGACAAGCACUAAGCCUCCUCAAAGUAAGAAAGAUGACAAACUACACCAGACGGGGCAAAAAAUUAAUGAAAGGGUUGAAAGAUCAGUUCCAAACAUAGCAGAGAAUCCUCUACCUGGGUCUGAUAUUGAUCCAUGUUCCUCAGCUAAAACACAGCUUCAAAAACCAGAAGAAGAUCAGCAUGACAAGCAUACAAACACGGGAUUAAGUGGAGAUGACAUGAAUCAGAAUAUUCCAUCUAUGAAAACAUCUGAUGACAUUGUGGACAUAAACCAAAAAGAACUGGUUCUAAUCCAGAAUUUAGAAGGGGAAACCAAAGAAAGAACAGCAGAAGAACAAAGCAUUGAGCCGUUAUAUACAGAUGAAAAGUUGAUAGACCCUAUGAUUGAAGUGACCUUGCCAUCAAGCACUGCAGUGACUGACAGCCAUGAAAUUGCUAAAUCUAUACCCCUCAAAUGUGUCUUCGACAUCCCAGUAAUGAAGGACUCCAAAGCACUUCUAUCAAGUGAAGUGUGUACUCCUUUACAUAAUGCAAAAACAGCAGUGAAAGAGGCAAGCAGUGAAGUUCAUCAAGAAAGAAUCGAGGAGCCCCCUUUCAGUGAUUAUGAAGCCACAGAUGAACCUUCUAUCCAAAAAUUUAAAGUUUCUGGUCUACCCCUUAUGGAGGUGAUCUCAGAGUCUGAUACCAAACAGAAAGAAGAAGUGGAAGAAUAUGCAGUGGCUUUAAUGGAAAGGCAGUCUGGAGAAAUUCAAAUGAAUAUUGAACAAAUAAGCAAAGACGCUACAAGAGCUAGCAAGUCCUCACUGGCUCGCCAAGAGUGCUUAGAACAUGACCAACAGAUUGUGGCCUUGCUUUCUAUGGUGAGACACAUUGAGGUCCGCCUAAAGCAGCAGCAGCAACAGUCCGUUGGUCGAAGUCUCUCCACACUUGAUGACAUAAUCAAACAGAUAGAGAUGCUUUUUUUGGAAAUUAGUGACCUGGAACCAGAAGUGCACAAGGAGACUGAAGCAGCCACACAGCUGCUGGAGUCUUACCCUCAGGAUGUUCCACCUCAGCUGCUUAUAGCCCUGGAAAAAGAUGAGCGAAGCUUAGCUCGGGCUUACAGUGCAGCCAGGGACCUUGCCCAGAAUACUUUGCAGGGGUUACGAGAACAACGUGAUGCACAAAACGAAGCUGUAAGCAGUCAGCUGAAAUCUUUACAAGAGCAAGUUGACAAACUUCUUAGCUGGCUUAAGGAUACUGAGACGCAAAUGCAGGAAGAAACCGAGGUAGAUGGACAAACGGUGGCCGAGAUCACUCGUAAGCAACAGUUGUGUGAGAUGUUGCAGAACUCCCUCGCUGCCCGAUCCAAUGAAGUCAGCAAUGUGGUGUUCAGUAUUCAAGUGUUUAUCUCUGAGCAUGCUCAGGACCUGUUGCCUGAUCAGAGCAGGCAUCUCCUUGGACAGCUGGAGCAGCUACAGAGGGUCUUUCACCAGGCUGUUGGUCUCAAUCAUGCCAGGGCAGAGGCACUAUCAGCCCAGCAGGCGAGAGAGAAUGAACAAAUGAGAAAAGAACAGAAAGAAAAAGAGAAACAAACUACAAGGGAUAGAGAGGUUGUGCAGCAGCAGAAGUCAGAAUGCUCUCAAAAACUGGAGAAUCUCACUAUGUGGUUGGCUGGUGCUGCCAGCCUCCUGGCCAGUCAGAGAGUUGGAACUGAGUCCGAUGAUGUGAACGAGUUACAGCAGAAGCAAAGAGAGCUUAAGGAGGUGGAGAAGGACCUUCAGACCAAAAGUGACUUGUUGACUGAGACUAUACGCUCAGUGGAGGAGUUCCUGUCCGAUCGGGGUGAUAGUUUGAGUCCUGAAGAGAGGGUCAAACUACAGGGGACUCUUUCACAAAUGAAAGAGCAGCACAGCUCACUUACAAACUCAGUCCGCUCUUCACUAGCUAAAGUAGACACUGCCAUUGUCACAACAGUGCAGCAGAACACACAAAAAGCUAAAGCAGAAGAGCAGAUGCAGGAGACACAGGAAAAAAUAGACACACUUCUCAGAGAAUUGUCAUCACUGGAUGACUCAAAGAGGAGGUCACUUGGCAACACUGUCACUGACACACCAUCAUUUGGACCACCAGAGAAUGCUCUGAAUUCUCACAGUGACGUGCUUCAGACUGAGCUGCAACAGUUACAAGCUCAACAGGCUCACCUUCAGCAGGUGGCCCAGUCUGUCCGCUCUCUCCUGGAACAACCUGACUCCAGUGUGCCACCAGAGGAGAAACAACGCUUACGGGCAAAACUAGACCAACUACAGAGUCAGCAUCAGGAGCGCCUUCAGAACUGUCAGGACAGGCUCAGGCGGACAGAUGCCCUCAGAGAUGAGUUUGCCAAGUUUGUGCAGGAGCAUGGGAACCUGGGUACAUGGUUGGAUCAGAGUGAACAAGAACUACGUACACUCGGGGAAGGGGAAACUGAUGCAAAGGGUCUAAAAGACAGGAUAGAGGAGCAUAAAAAGCUUGCAGAAGAUGUCAUCUGUCACAAAGCUGAUCUACGCUUUGUGACAAUCUCUGGUCAGAAGGUUCUGGAUUCUGUCCAGGGGGCCUUGGAGAAGGUGGGCAGUACGGAUCCAGCUCUGGAGGAAACCAGACACCUAGUGAGUGGCAAGCUCCAAGAUGCCACACAGCGCUACAGUUCAUUACACAGCAAGUCCUCAGAACUUGGCACCCGUCUCUCAGGUCUCCUGGAGCGAUUCCAACACUACCUAGAUGAGGCUGGUUCUUUAGGCUCCUGGCUGAGCACUCAGGAGCAAAAUCAGAGUGUAUUUAAACCCAGCCGAGAGCAAACGGACACUCAGACAUUGCAGCAUACUCUCAGUACUGUACAGCUGUUGCAGGAUGAGUUGGCAGAGCGUUCGGUACAGCUUGAGAAAGUCAAGAGGGCAGGUAAAGAGCUGGUCAGCACUCAGGAGUCCCCAACUCUCAAAAAUGCAGAUAUUAACAAUCUUACAGAUGCUCUGGAGAAGCGCUUUGAAACCCUGUCUAAUUCAGUGUCAGUGAGAGCUGAACAGCUUCAAACCGCUGUUGCCCAAUCAGUCAGCGUUCAGGAGGGACUUAAAGCACUGCUGGCAUGGUUAGAUGGACUUCCUUUAUCACCUGGCGCAGUCCAGCCCACUGCUCAAGCAGUUCAGGAUGCCCUAACACAAAAUCAGAAAAUACGUCAGGAACUGCUUUCAAGGCAGGGCAGCGUGGAUGCAACCCUGGACUCUGUGUCCAAGCUUCUGAAGUCUGCAGAUGCAUCGACAGCGUCUGGCCUGCAGGGGGCACUACAGGACUUGAGUCAACGCUACACAGCGGCCCAGGCCAAACAGACUGAAAGAGAGACUGAGUUGCGGGGACUUUUGCCCAAGUUGGAGAGCUUUGAGCGCCAGAGUGCAGACCUCCACAGCUAUACGCAGAGUCGAGAAAGGGCUCUCAGCCCAGUAGGCCAACCUGACUGCAGCGUGGAUGACUACAAACAGACCAUAGAGGAGGUGAGAUCAGAAAUUACCCAAGAGUCAAGUCAAUUAAAGUCAUUUGUCGAGCUUGGUUCAGACCUAAGCAAGUCUGGGAUCCUUGCCAAUGCACAAAGCCUUCGGGACACAACCAAAGAGGUUUCUGAGGACUUUGCACGCUUGGAAUCCAAUGUCAACGAGAGAUUUGAUUCCAUCCAGAGCUGCGUCCAGCAACUGGCAGAGUUCCGCUCUCGCUCUGGCUCGCUCCUCAGGUGGCUGCAGACAGUACAAGAACAACUUCCUGCCAAAGAGCCCAACCUAAGCACAGAAAGCCUGCAGAGAAGAGCACAGCAGCUUAAAGAUCUACUCGCAGAAUGGGAGACCCAAGGAAGCCAAGUUCAGGAGUUGAACAAGACCAGUUCACAACUGGAGAACUUGAUUAUUAACAUCACGUCUCCCAAGAACAAGACUGGUGUUUCUCAGCUCAAUGGUGCUUCCAGCCCCAACAGUGUUAAUGGCAUUCACACCUGUAAAGACUUGACUGAGAUCCAGGUGGCAGUGGCAGAUGUGAACUGCAAGCAUGAGCAGCUGGGCAGUGAUAUGAGGGAAAGGAAGGGUAGGCAAGAGGCCUCUCUUGACCUGCGGCAGAAGGCCAGGCAGGGCUCUGAGGCACUCAUCCAGUGGCUGGGCCCCCGUGAAGAGAGCCUGGCACAAGGGCAGACCGCUUCACCUUCUCGGCCAGAGGCGGUGCGUGCUCAAGCCCAAGAAACCAAGGUUUUACUUACUGAGCUUGCCGACCAUUCUGGGAAAGUGGAGGAUCUAAAAAACAUUCUCAAUCAGCUAAUAACAGAUCAUCCUGAUUCUCCUGAAGCUGAGACUUGGAAACGUCAGCUUGAAGACAUAGACUCACGGUGGACGAAAGCCAAUCAGACUGCAGCACAGAGGCAGACUGAAUUGGAAGCGUGUGCUGAUAGGCUGGGUAGUUUUGCUGCAGCAGCCAGUCAGCUAGGACCAUGGCUACGAGAGAAAGAGCUGAUGAUGAGCGUAUUAGGCCCACUGAGUAUCGACCCCAACAUGCUCAACACACAGAAACAGCAAGUGCAGUUCAUGCUACGUGAGUUUGAGACACGGCAAACCCAGUUUGACCAGCUGUCUCGAGCGGCAGAGGGAAUCCUCUCCCCAUCUGGAGAUGAGGGUUCUAGAGAUGGACAGGACCUAGAGGAGGUGAGGCAGGAGCUGGCAGACGUUUCACAGCAGUGGGAAGACCUCACCUCUCGUCUCACCGGCCGCUCGCAGCAGAUCGACCAGGCGCAGGGAACCAGUGAGCGCUACCUGGCCCUGCUCAGAGAGCUGUCUCAGAGUGUGGCUGAUCUAAGCGAGAGGCUGGAUGCGCAGGCCUCUCUAAGCGCUCAGCCUGAAGCCCUGCGCUGUAGGCUUCAGGAAACUGGGGAGAUCCGUGCUGAGCUGGAACAGAGACGAGGUCAACUGGCCCAGGCUGAGCAGCUGUGUGCGGAGCUCAGCACAAUUGUGGCCGAACCGUAUCUCAGAGAUGAGUUACACAAGAGACUGGAGAGUGUGAGCAGCCCCCUCAAAAACCUAGAAGAACGGGCUGCUGAUGGCUUGUCCCAGCUGCAGGCCGCCCUGUCCAGCACUCAACAGUUCCAGCAGAUGUUUGACGAGCUUCGUGGCUGGUUGGACGGGCAAGCUGGGAAUCACACAGCUGGGGUUUCUGAAGCCCUUCCUUGCCAACCUGAUGCUCUAAAGACCCUUCUGGCCCAACAAGAGGAUCUCCAGCGAACCAUGGCACAACAACGUGGGUCCUAUGAGCUCAUCCAGGCCGAGGGGGCAUCUCUACUGGCAUCCCUCCCCGCUGGAGAUGAGCGAUUAGCCCUACAGACUCGACUAAACAUCUUACGGCAAGACUGGGAGGGCAUGAACCGACAAACCUCUAAUAAACACAGUCGAAUAAAAGAGAUGCUGUCCCGUGCUGAGCUGUACCAACAACAUCACAAUGAGCUUGUAACUUGGGUUGCAGAAUGUGAGGAAAGGGAGGCGGAGAUCCACCCAUCACUGGAUCCCGCCACCUUAGACGAGGCUUUGCAAAAGGCUAGACAGUUAAGUGUGGACUUGGAUCGUCGUCGCCCUCUCUUAGAUUCUCUGAACACGGCAGCAGAUCAGGUGCUGGAACAGAGCUGUGCUGGUGAAGAGGAAGUGAGGGAUGAAAAAGCCCAGCUUAAUCGCAGGAUAGACGGUCUCUCUGAGCGACUACAGGGCCGCACGGCUCAGCUAGAAGAGUUGGGAAGCAGACUGAAGGAGUUUGAAGAUGGGAGACUGGCUGUGGAGAGAAGACUUGAGGCAGCCAAGCAUCAGAUCGAGGUUCAGGAGGCACUUGGGCCGCAAGCUUGUAGCAACAAAAGCCUGGAGCGUCUGCGCAGCCAACAGGAACUGUUAAACUCUGUACAGCCACAGGUGGUGUACCUACGAAAUCUGGCUCAGGGGCUGCUCCAGGAUGCGCCCGAGAUCUCCAGGGCAGGCGAAGAUGGCGGCCAGAGGCUGCUGCAGCAAGCUUGUGAUACGGAAAAAGAGUUUGAAGAAGUUACUGAGAAGACAGAGCAAUGCUGCUUAUCCUUGGAGUCCCGGUUGCAAGGUGUGGGAGAAGUCCAGUCACAUGUUCGAGAUGUUUUCUCCCGCCUGGCUGAUUUGGACGAUGAGUUGGACAGCCUUAGCCCUGUGGGGCGGGAUGCUGACUCCUUGGCCUCACAGGCUGAUGCUGUCAGGGGCUUCCUGAGUCGACUCGAUGCCCUCCGUGCCGAGCUGGAGAGUCAUGGUGGAGAAUGCACGACUAUGCUCCGUAGAGAGGGGAGCUCACCUGAUCUUCUGGCCCUCAGGAGAGAGACCGAAGCCCUGAGCAGACAGGCAGGCAAGCUGGCAGAGCGGGGCCAGAACCGUCUGGCACUCAUAGAAGCAGCAGAAGAGCGUGUGAAGGAGUUCUACGGCCGUCUAGCUGACCUACAAGGGUUGUUGGGACGAGCAGAGGAGGUGCUGAACACACAGGCUGUCGUGGGGACAGAAGUGGAGGUCAUCAAACAGCAGCUUCAGGAAUUCAAGGCCAUAGAAAGGGAGCAGAUAGACAGCAUUCAGCCCAAACUACAACAUGUCAACGCUGUGGGUCAAGGUCUUAUCCAGAGUGCAGCCAAACACACUGACACUCAGGCCCUGGAACAUGACUUGGAGACCACCAACCUGUGCUGGAACUCCCUCAACAAGAGGGUUGCUGAAAGAAUCGCACAGCUGCAGGAGGCCCUGUUGCAUUGUGGGAAGUUCCAAGAUGCUCUGGAGCCACUAUUGAGCUGGCUGAGUGACACAGAGGAGCUUAUAGCCAAUCAGAAACCUCCGUCUGCUGAGUACCGUGUGGUCAAGGCACAAAUUCAGGAGCAGAAGCUGCUGCAACGGUUGCUGGAUGACCGCCGUGGAACGGUAGAGAUGAUCAGGGCAGAAGGAGAACGUAUCGCUGCUACGGCUGAGACACAAGAUAGAGACAAAAUCCAGAAACAUCUUAAGAGCCUAGGAGAGAGAUGGACAAAUCUGCUGGAAAAGGCCAGCGCCAGGCAGCAGCAGCUAGAGGAGCUGCAGGUAUUGGCGCUGCAGUUCCACGAGGCAGUGGAGCCACUCGGUGAGUGGUUGAGUGCAACAGAGAGACGCCUGAGCUCCUCUGAGCCAAUGGGAACCCAGACCUCCAAAAUCACACAGCAGAUUGUAAGGCACAAGGCUCUUAAUGAAGAGAUUAUCAGCAGGAAGAAGACAGUGGACCAGGCCAUUAAGAAUGGACAGGCUCUGCUUAAACAAACCACUGGUGAGGAGGUCCUGUUGAUUCAGGAGAAGCUAGAUGGCAUCAAAAGCCGCUACGCAGAGAUGACAGUGGGCAGCAGCAAAGCCCUCCGUACUCUGGAACAGGCCCUUCAGUUGGCCACGCGAUUUGCAAGCUCGCACGACGACAUCAGCCAAUGGUUGGAUAGCGUGGAGGCGGAGCUUAACAACAUUGAGCCAGACACAACACCAGCCUAUCAGGACAGACAGAGGGAGCUGAAGUGCGUGUCUGCUGAGAAGAGGUUAGUUCUGGACACAGUGAAUGAGGUGGGCAGUGCUUUACUGGAUCUGGUACCCUGGCGUGCACGAGAAGGCCUGGACCGCCUGGUCGCCGAUGCCAAUCAGCGUUACCGCCAAGCCCAAGAGACCAUCACACAGAGAGUGCAGUUAGUGCAGGCUGCCAUCCAAAGGUCACAGCAGUAUGAGGAGGCAGUCGAUGCAGAGCUGACCUGGGUCGGAGAGACAGAGAGGAAGUUGGCAUCUCUGGGGCCUCUGAGUCUGGAGCCUGAUGUGACUGUGGCUCAGCUCCAGGUGCAGAGAGCCUUUAACAUCGACAUCAUCCGUCACAAAGACACCGUGGACCAACUCCUUAAGACACAAGAGGACAUCCUGGAGAGCUGCAGCGAACAACAGAGAGAGGCUUUGAAGGUGAAGACGGACUCUUUAAGUGCUCAUUAUGAAGCAGUAAAUCAGAGUCAUGCUGAGCGCUUCUCCGCUCUAGAGCAGGCUCAGGUGCUAGUAGCGCGGUUCUGGGAGACGUAUGAGGAACUUGAACCCUGGUUGGGCGAGACAGAGACUCUGAUUACCCAGUUACCCCCUCCUGCCAUCGACACAGAAGCUCUCAGACAACAGCAAGAGCAGAUGAGGCUUCUGAGAGAGUCCAUCGCUGAGCAUAAGCCUCACAUAGAUAAACUGCUAAAGAUCGGCCCACAGCUGGCAGAACUGAGCGCCCAGGAAGGGGCAACAGUAAGACAACGUUAUAAUGAAGCAGAAAGACGUUACCUCAGCAUCAAAGAGGAGGUUAAAGGUCGAGCCACAGCACUGGAUGAAGCAGUGUCACAGUCUGUCCAGCUGGUAGAGUUCCAUGAUAAGAUGGACCCUCUGUUGGAGACUUUGGAAGGUGCGGUCCAACGCAUGCGGCAGCCUCCUCCAGUGGCGGCUGAGGUGGAGAAGAUCCGGGAGCAACUUGCGGAGCACAGGGCAACAGGACUAGAACUGGACAAACUCCUUCCAUCUUUCAGUGCCCUGUGUGCCCGAGGAGAAGAGCUCAUCGGUCGCGCCCCACAUGACGAUCCUGCCGCCCAGGCGGUGCAUUCACGACUCUUGCGGCUGCGCUCUCUGUGGGAUGAGAUCAGGCAGAGGGCAGAGGAGAGAGAAGGAAAGCUUCAGGAUGUUCUAGAUCUCGCCGGGAAAUUCUGGGCUGACAUGGCCGCUCUACUGAGCACACUCCGUGACUCUCAAGACAUUGUGAAAGAUCUGGAGGACCCAGGGGUGGAUCCUUCACUUAUAAAACAACAAAUAGAGGCAGCAGAGGCCAUUAAGGCAGAGACAGAUGGGCUGAGGGAAGAACUGGAGAUCGUACGAACACUUGGAGCUGACCUCAUCUUUGCCUGCGGAGAGACUGAGAAACCAGAGGUCAAGAAGACCAUCGAUGAGAUGAAUGCAGCCUGGGAAGGCUUGAACCGCACGUGGAGAGAGAGAAUGGAGAGACUGGAAGAGGCCAUGACUGCCUCUGUGCAGUACCAGGAUGCUCUUCAGGGCAUGUUUGACUACUUGGACAACGCUGUGAUCAAACUGUGUGACAUGCCAGCUGUAGGGACAGACCUCAGCACUGUUAAACAACAGAUCGAGGAGCUCAAGCAAUAUAAAGUGGAAGUUUACCAGCAGCAGAUUGACAUGGAGAAGCUUUGCCACCAAGGAGAGCUGCUGCUCAGAAAAGUGAGCGACCAAACAGACCGAGACAUGGUUCAGGAGCCUCUCACUGAGCAACGCCACCUAUGGGACAACCUGGUGGACAAAAUCACAAUCAGACAGCACAAACUGGAGGGUGCGCUGUUGGCUCUAGGUCAGUUCCAGCAUGCACUCUCUGAGCUGCAGUCUUGGCUCAGUCACACUCAUGCCACACUGGACACCCAGCGACCCAUCAGCUCUGACCCCAAGGCCAUCGAAAUUGAGCUGGCUAAGCAUCAUGUUUUAAGAAAUGACGUGCUGUCCCAUCGGACUACAGUGGAGACGGUGAACAGCGCAGGUUCUGAGCUGCUGGAGUCCAGUCCUGGAGACGAAAUCAGCCACCUGAGAGACCAGCUGGAUGAGCUCAACCGCAGCUGGAAGAACCUUCUGCUGAAGACUGAUGAGAGGCAGAAGCUUUUGGAAGCUGCCCUGCAACAGUACAGGUGUCAGACUCAGCUUGCAGAGGACCAGCCUGUCCAUGGAGAUCUGGAUCUUGUUUCCAACCUAAUGGAUUCCCAUAAGUUUGCAGAGUUCCCUACCAGCAAGCUGGAGAUGACCGCUGUUGCUGAUAUCUUUGACCGUGAUUGUGAUGGCUACAUCGACUAUUAUGAAUUUGUGGCUGCUUUGCACCCCAACAAAGAUGCUUACAGACCCACAACAGACGCUGAUAAGAUCGAGGAUGAGGUCACCAGACAAGUGGCCCAGUGCAAGUGUGCCAAGAGGUUUCAGGUGGAGCAGAUUGGAGAGAACAAGUACAGGUUCGGAGACUCACAGCAGCUGCGUCUUGUACGAAUCCUGCGCAGUACAGUCAUGGUCCGGGUUGGAGGAGGUUGGAUGGCGCUGGAUGAAUUCCUGGUGAAGAACGACCCUUGCCGAGCUCGUGGACGUACCAACCUGGAGCUUCGAGAAAAGUUCAUUCUUCCAGAGGGAGCUACGCAGGGUCUGGCGGCCUUCCGGUCCCGGGGUCGGCGAUCCAAACCUUCAUCGCGCACGGCUUCGCCCACCCGGUCAUCUUCAUCCGCGUCGCACAGCGCCCACAGCUGCGCCUCUCUACCCUCCGCACCCGCAACACCCACAGCCUCCUCAAGGUCCUCCCAAUCCCAAUCUCGUGGCUAUGCCAAGCCCUGGCUGGCACACAGUAAAACUCCAACACCAACCAAGUGCCAGUCCUGCCCAGAGCACAGCCAGACCCCUGGGCGUGAGGUAACACACUGCCCCCUCCCAAUGCCCUAGCACACUAACAAUAAAAGCUUUAAGUGCGGCCUGAUCUCAACGAAUGGGAAGGACCUGAGGUAGACCUACUCUGUGGCCCUUAUAUGUUGCUAAAGAGUGUAGACUGUUACCUUAUGCAGCUUAGUCUCCAGUGUGAGAACAGACAGAUGUAGCUGGCUUGAGAAACAGUUCAUUUCAUGUUCAUCAAGGAGUUAUUCUGUUAAACCUUCUUGUUAUGACAGUUUUUAUUCA